AUGUUUUAUAAAUUUAAAGAUCCUAAAACUAAUUUGAAAUUUCAAGUUGGUAUGAAACUAGAGGCUAUAGACCCUCUCAAUCUAUCAGCUAUUUGUGUAGCCACUGUUACUAAGGUAUUAAAGAAUAAUUAUAUAAUGAUAGGAAUAGAUGGUUCUGCUGCCCAGAAUGGUUCUGAUUGGUUCUGUUACCAUUCUUCCUCACCCUGUAUCUUUCCUGUGGGGUUCUGUGAAAUCAAUGGUAUCACUCUGACCCCACCCCGGGGAUUUAAAGGAAUAUUUAAAUGGUUUGAAUAUCUCAAACAAACAAAAUCUGUAGCAGCUCCAGUGAAACUCUUUGAUAAGGAAAUCCCGAAACAUGGAUUUAAAGUUGGUCAUAAAAUAGAAGCAGUAGAUCUGAUGGAACCAAGAUUGAUCUGUGUAGGAACUGUGACUAAAGUUGUAGGAAGAUUGCUACGGAUACAUUUUGAUGGUUGGGAGAAUGAAUAUGAUCAGUGGGUAGAUUGUGAGACUCCAGAUCUCUAUCCUGUUGGUUGGUGUGAAAUGAUGGGAUAUACUUUAGAGGGACCAAGGAUGAAAAUGGAAACUCAGUCUAUGAAUAUACCGCUGAGUAAAAAACGUAAAAAUAAAGCUCAGUUAUAUAAAGGACAGAGGAAGAGUAAGUUCAAUGGUUUGUACAGAUUUUUACUAACAUUUUAUCUUUCAAACUUGUUGUUAUUACUCAGAGUUUCACGCUAUAUUAAUUACUAUAUACACCAUCAUCUUUAA